AAGCCUCUCUUCUAUUACUUGCAGACCAUGGCAGGAUGGUCCUUUCAACACCUUCUUAGCUUUCUUCUGCUUUUGCUGCUAUGUGCCAAACCUGGCCUGGGGAAUCUUACUGGGUGCAUAGAGAGGGAAAGACAAGCUCUCCUUCACUUCAAACGUGGCCUUGUCGAUGAAUUUGGCCUUCUUUCCUCUUGGGGAGACGACAACAGAGAUUGUUGCCAAUGGAGCGGAGUCCAGUGUAGUAACCAGUCUGGUCACAUCAUCAUGCUUCAUCUUCCUGCCCCACCAAAUGAAGACUAUGCUCAAUAUGAUGGUUACCAGUCUCUAAGAGGUGAGAUAAGUCCUUGGCUGCUUGAAUUGGAGCACUUGACUCAUUUGGAUCUCAGCUAUAAUGAUUUUGAAGGGAGGCAUAUACCUCCAUUCCUUGGUUCCCUCAGCAGAAUGCAGUACCUCGAUCUCUCUCAGGCCAAUCUCGCUCAAACUGUUCCCACUCAAUUGGGGAAUCUUUCCAACUUGCUUUCCCUUGAUCUCAGCGAUAAUUAUUAUUUGAAUUUUGGGAACCUUGAGUGGCUUUCUCGUCUUUCUUCUUUAAGACGCCUUGACCUGAGUUCUGUCGACCUUAGUAAAGCCAUCCACUGGUCCCAAGCAAUUAAUAAACUCCCUUCUCUCAUUCACUUGGAUUUACAAAAUUGUGGUCUCCCUCCCAUCCCUCCACUCACCAUUCCGUCUCUUUCCCAUGGGAAUUCCUCUGUCCCUCUUGUUUUCCUUGAUCUCUCUUCGAACCCUCUCACUUCUUCAAUAUACCCAUGGCUGCUCAACUUUAGUACCACCCUCCUUCAUCUUGAUCUCUCUCUCAGUGGUUUAAAUGAUUCAAUUCCGGAAUAUUUAGGGAAUAUGAGUUCCCUUGAAUAUCUUGAUCUCCAAUGGAAUGACCUUCAUGAUGAAAUUCCGGAUACAAUUGGAGACAUGGGUUCACUUGUGUAUCUUGAUCUCUCUUGCAAUCAACUGCAGGGCUUCAUUCCAGAUACAAUUGGGAAGAUGGUUUUACUUUCACAUCUUGAUCUCUCUCUCAAUCAACUGCAGGGCUCCAUUCCAGACACAGUUGGGAACAUGGUUUCUCUUAAAAACCUCUAUCUCUCUCAGAAUCAUCUUCAAGGUGAGAUUCCAAAAUCCUUGAGUAAUUUAUGUAACUUACAAGAAUUAGAGUUGGAUAGAAACAAUCUCUCUGGACAGCUUGCACCAGACUUUGUGGCCUGUGCAAAUGACACAUUAGAGACUCUGUUUUUAUCGGAUAACCAGUUCAGUGGAUCAGUUCCUGCUCUCAUUGGAUUUUCAUCCUUGAGAGAGUUACAUCUUGACUUUAAUCAACUAAAUGGAACUUUACCUGAAAGUGUUGGACAGCUGGCCAAACUUGAAUCCUUGGAUAUUGCCUCAAAUUCAUUGCAAGGCACUAUCUCUGAAGCCCAUCUCUUUAAUAUGUCCCGGUUGUCCUAUUUAAACUUAUCUUCCAACUCUCUCACUUUCAACAUGAGCUUGGAGUGGGUUCCUCCAUUUCAACUGUAUUCUCUACGAUUAGCCUUCUGCAAAUUGGGACCUCGUUUUCCUAGUUGGCUUCGUACUCAAAACUUAUUGAGAGAGCUUGAUAUCUCCAAUUCUGAAAUUUCAGAUGCCCUCCCAGACUGGUUUUGGAAUGUAACCAUCUCAACUGUCACAACCUUGAGUAUUUCCAACAAUCGGAUCAAAGGGACCUUACCCAAUUUAUCAUCAAAAUUUGAUCGUUUUUCUAACAUAGAUAUGAGCUCAAACUAUUUUGAGGGUUCAAUACCACAACUUCCUUAUGAUGUGCGAUGGUUGGAUCUCUCCAAUAACAAGUUAUCGGGGUCCAUUUCUUUAUUAUGUACAGUUGGUACUGAGUUACUUCUACUUGACCUCUCAAACAACUCGUUGUCGGGAGGGCUGCCCAAUUGUUGGGCGCAGUGGGAAAGCUUGGUAGUUCUUAAUUUGGAAAAUAACAGAUUUUCUGGGCAAAUUCCAAAUUCAUUUGGUUCCUUGCGAUCAAUUCAAACACUACAUUUGCGCAACAACAAUUUGACUGGAGAAUUGCCUUUAUCUUUUAAGAAUUGUACAAGUUUGAGGUUCAUUGAUUUGGCAAAAAAUAGGUUAUCAGGAAAAAUACCAGAAUGGAUUGGAGGAAGCCUCCCAAAUCUGACUGUUCUAAACCUAGGAUCUAAUAGAUUCAGUGGAGGUAUAUGUCCAGAGCUAUGCCAAUUGAAAAAUAUUCAAAUAUUGGACCUCUCUAGCAACAAUAUGUUAGGUGUUGUACCGAGAUGUGUUGGUGGUUUCACUGCCAUGACUAAGAAAGGGAGCUUGGUCAUUGUUCAUAAUUAUUCAUUUGCAGUCUUCGCUGGUAAGUUGCCGCAAUCACUUAGGAAUGCUUCUUAUGUUGAUAGGGCAUUGGUUAAAUGGAAAGGAAGAGAAUUUGAAUAUAAAAGUACCCUUGGGCUUGUAAAGAGUAUUGAUUUUUCAAGCAACAAACUAUCGGGGGAAAUUCCAGAAGAAGUAAUUGAUCUUGUAGAAUUAGUUUCAUUAAACUUAUCAAGGAACAAUUUGACGAGACUGAUCCCUACAAGAAUUGGUCAAUUGAAAUCAUUGGAGGUUCUUGAUUUGUCUCAAAAUCAACUCUUUGGUGAAAUUCCAGCUAGCCUUGUUGAAAUAAGUGAUCUAAGUGUCUUAGAUCUCUCUGACAACAACUUGUCUGGUCAAAUUCCACAAGGUACUCAACUUCAAAGCUUCAAUAUUGAUUCCUACAAGGGAAAUCCUGCACUCUGUGGAUUGCCUCUUCUGAAAAAGUGUUUUGAAGAUAAAAUAAAGCAAGAUUCUCCUACUCAUAACAUUGAAGACAAAAUUCAGCAAGAUGGAAAUGACAUGUGGUUUUAUGUUAGCGUUGCUCUUGGAUUCAUUGUUGGAUUUUGGGGAGUGUGUGGAACUUUACUACUCAACAACUCAUGGAGAUAUGCCUAUUUCCAAUUCUUGAAUAAAAUAAAAGAUUGGCUCUACGUGAUUAUAGCAAUAAAUAUGGCUAGAUUACAAAGGAGUCUUCAAAGCUAAAUGGACUGCAACUCUUGUUCUUGCCAUAUUAGCAUGGUUAAAUACAAAUCGUUGAGUCCUUCCUUCUAUGUUAUAUCUUGGGAUGUAAUAGGUUUCUUGUUUUAUUUUGAGGAUUACUUAUGUACUUUAGAUGUGUAUUUUAUAUUUUAUUCAGAAAUUUGUGUGACAUAUUAUCUCUUUUCUUCCUUA